ACUGUUGUCUUCUUACAUCGCUAUAAAGAAUUUCCUGGAUGAGGAUUGAAUUGUAUUACUGGAUUUCUUCUGUUUUUAUCGUUUGAAAAAUUUUGUCAUGAAAGAUAUCGAUGUAAAUGUUAGGGCAUUCUUCGGACUUGUGCUGUUAUUUAAUGUGAAAUAUGCUUGGCCCUUCUAUUUACCUGGUCUGGCACCGGUGAAUUAUUGUAUUAAAGCGGACGUUUCUGGUGCGUGCAAGUCGGAAAUUGUACUUUAUGUUAAUCGGCUGAACACUGAAGAAUCAGUAAUUCCAUAUGAAUAUCAUCAUUUUGAUUUUUGUACUGGUAACGAGAUGAACUCUCCUGUCGAAAAUUUAGGACAAGUCGUUUUUGGAGAACGCAUUCGACCAGGACCUUAUAACAUCGAAUUCUUAAAAAAUGUCAAAUGUGCUGUGGUUUGCUUUAAGAAUUAUACUGGUGGAGAAAUGGAAAGCGACCGUCGGAUUAUGACACUAAAGAAAGGAAUUAGUCUUAACUAUCAACAUCACUGGAUUGUUGAUAAUAUGCCUGUUACUUGGUGUUACCCAUUGGAUAAUGACAAACAAUAUUGUAGUACAGGAUUUCCUAUGGGCUGCUUUGUUCAGCCAGAUAGUGAUGAGGCCUGCCUUGUUAACCCUAAUUAUAAUCGUCAGGGUUUUUAUUAUAUCUUUAAUCAUGUUGACUUGCAAAUUACAUAUCAUAGCGGCCACCCAGAUGAUAGUGUCGGUCUUCACGGAAAUGGUGGUCGAAUAAUAUCUGUAAAGGUAAAACCACGUUCAAUUAACCACCUUGAUAACUCAAAAAUAGAUUGCGUUAAUACUGACCCACUCGCUAUACGAAGUAACUCACUAAAUCGAGGUGAGCACCUCUCAAUCGCUUAUACAUAUAGCGUUGAGUUUAUUAUGGAUAACUCUGUGAAAUGGUCAUCGCGUUGGGACUACAUUUUGGAAUCAAUGCCACACACAAAUAUUCAAUGGUUUUCUAUCCUUAACUCUUUAAUAAUAGUACUCUUUCUUUCGGGAAUGGUAGCAAUGAUAAUGCUACGGACACUACAUAAGGAUAUUGCACGCUACAACCAAAUGGACAGUGGUGAAGAUGCGCAAGAAGAAUUUGGUUGGAAAUUAGUACAUGGAGACGUAUUUAGGCCACCGCGGAAGGGAAUGCUAUUAUCAAUUUUUCUCGGAUCUGGAGUACAAGUUACUUUCAUGACACUAAUUACAUUGGCAUUUGCUUGUUUGGGUUUCCUUUCACCCGCCAACCGAGGAGCGCUUAUGACUUGUGCAAUGGUUUUGUUUGUUUCUCUUGGCACUCCGGCGGGAUACGUAUCGGCACGAAUUUAUAAGAGUUUCGGAGGAGUUAAGUGGAAAAGCAAUGUUAUUCUUACAUCUGUAGUAUGUCCUGGGAUUGUAUUUGGCCUUUUUUUCGUGAUGAAUUUGGUUCUUUGGCAUGAGAGCAGCUCGGGCGCAGUUCCAUUUAGCACACUUAUAGCCCUUCUUGGCCUGUGGUUUGGAGUAUCUGUGCCAUUAACUUUUGUUGGAGCAUACUUAGGAUUUCGAAAACGGGCCUUGGAACAUCCUGUGCGAACAAAUCAAAUUCCACGGCAGAUUCCGGACCAAUCGAUUUACACACAACCAAUUCCAGGAAUAAUCAUGGGAGGCGUUUUACCUUUUGGCUGUAUUUUUAUUCAACUAUUUUUUAUUCUUAGUUCCCUUUGGUCUAAUCAAAUGUACUAUAUGUUUGGUUUUCUAUUCCUCGUUUUUUUAAUACUGAUCAUAACCUGUUCGGAGACCACAGUUUUGCUGUGUUAUUUUCAUCUAUGUGCAGAAGACUACCAUUGGUGGUGGAGAUCGUUUUUAACAUCGGGAUUCACGGCUGUGUAUCUUUUCAUUUACUGCUGUCAUUACUUUUUUACUAAACUUUCCAUUAAAGAUGGAGCGUCUGUGUUCUUAUACUUCGGGUAUACUUGUAUUAUGGUGUUCCUGUUCUUUUUACUUACAGGAACGAUAGGUUUCAUGGCCUGCUUUUUCUUUAUUCGUAAGAUAUAUAGUGUGGUAAAAGUUGACUAAGAAAUGAUUUUUAAUGAACGGUUAAACUAUUGUAUAAUGUUGACUACAACGUCAUAUUGUUUUUUCAUUUCUUAAUAUUUUAAUUGAAUGAUAUCUGUAGUUUUACUCUGAAUUGUCUUAAGUUUGUGUGCUUACUUGCUUAAUAAAUAAAAUAUAAAUAUAUUUGCCAA